UGCAACUUCGAUCCCCAUUUCUCUACCUCAUAGAAGAAACUAGCAAAUCUGGCUGCCGGGAAGGCGGGGAGGCAUUGAGGAGGGAAGGAGGCAGCAGCGUGCGAGCGCCGCAAGCCACAGCCAGGGCUGGCCGACCGACGGCAGCCACGUCGCUGGUCGCCCCUUGCUCAGCCGGUCAGCCCAGAGUGGCAACGGCGCAACCGCAACCGCAGCCGCAACGUCGCUGGUUUUGGCCUGGAGUUUGUUGGUCAUUUUAAGCAAAAUAGGCCUGGACCUAAAGCUAAGGCUAUUGGGGAUGUCCUCAGAGGCCCCACGACUUCUUGCUCGCAGCAGCUAUAUAUCGCCCGUAGUGAUUUCCUGCAGAGCCUUGUUGCGGCGGCGGGAAGCGCCGGGGAGGUUAGGAUGGUACCAUUCGGUGCCGGCCGAAGGGUGUGCCCGGGCAUGGGUGUCGCCAUGCUCCACAUGGGCUACAUGGAAAGACUGAAGUGGCGCAAAAUGGACCAUAGAGAGACUGACUGGGUUCUGAAGAUACCAAAAGAGCAAAUGUGCCUCUGAAAAGAUUACUGAAGCAUGGAGCUGUGGUUCUCGUCAUCACUGGGCAAGAUACAAAAAAAAGGCACAUAUUCUUUGCUUGACGAUGACUUGCGCGAUGCUUUUCCACUAAAGUUCCUCUGGAAAGAAAGCAAGCAAAUUCCCACGUGUGUAGAAUGUAAAAGGAGUCCGACGAAAGACGAGUGAAGAUGAUUAGAUAUGCAUUUCUGCCAUGGCACAAUAAUGGAUUUGGACCUACCAUGAAUAUAACAGAUAGUCAAAUACUGGCCGGUCCAUUCUUUUCCAUGCUGCUUAAUAAGUUGACUGGUCCAGGUCCAGGUCUCCCAGCCACCAACCCACUCACCCACCCACCCAGUCGUCCAGCGAUUCUUUGUUUAAACAAAAUAGGCUGCCUGUAGCAGUUUAUAUCUUGCUAAGAGUCUCUUCAGGACUUGGCAGUCUCAGCAGUUGCCUCAUCAGCUUACCUCAUCAAUCCCGGCCAUGGAGGUUGCCGUAUCAGCAGUUGCAGGUGAACUUGUGAGCCGGUUCAUCUCCUUCCUGAUGAACAAGUGCCACUCAAGCCAUGCGCAGCCAGAGGAAAAGAUGGUGGAAAGGUUGCACCACCUCCUAAUGAGAGCUUGCACCAUCGUCGAGGAGGCGGAUGCUCGAUACAUAACAAACUCCGGGAUGAUGAUGCAGCUCAAGAUGCUCUCGGAGGCCAUGUACCGAGGUCACAGCCUCCUCAAUGCCUCGAGGUACCGAGCCCUCCAAGACGGUGUUGGCUUCGACGAGGUUAGCAGCAACGACUCAUCUAGCAGCAGUUUGUAUUUAAUCAUUCCAGAAUUUUCAGUCAAGCGUUCUCGAACAGCAGCGGUGAAAGGCAAUAAGGCCAUGGGCCUCGACUCACAUGCUGCUUUGGAAAGCUUAGAAAUUGCUAUCACAAACAUGUCAGAGUUUGUUGUGCUUCUGGGAGGAUGUGAGCGCAUGUCCCGUAGGCCAUAUGAUGUUUAUCUUUACACCGACAACUUCAUGUUUAGUCGACACGCUGAAAAUCAAAAGCUUUUGAGCUUCUUGUUGGAGCACAACGAUCCUUCAGGUGAUCAUGCAUUAGCCAUUCUUCCGCUCAUAGGUGGCGCCGCAGUUGGGAAGAAAACUUUGGUUGCUCAUGUGUGUGGUGAUGAAAGGGUUCGUUCACGCUUCUCCUCUAUUUUGCACUUGAAUGGAGACAGCCUUUUGGGGAUAUUUGGUGAUGGGAGGGCAAUGACUGGGAUAAUGUUGGUAGUUAUUGAGUUUGCUUCUGAUGUAGGUGAUGAUGACUGGAAAACAUUCCACUCAUUUCUCAUAGGAAUGGGCAGAGGAAGCAAGAUCAUCAUUGUAAGUAAGCUUAAAGGAAUAGCCCGGUUUGGAACGAUGAAACCAAUUUUACUAAGUGGGCUAUCUCAUGAUGAGUUGACGUACCUUUUCAAGGCACUCGCCUUCGGAAGUGUAGAGCCAGCAAAACAUCCGCGGCUAGUACAAAUAGCAGAUGAAUUUGCCAUGGUGAUCCACAAUUCACAAAUUUCACUUGUCGCAACAAAUAUGUUCACAGAUGUGUUGAGAAGCAACCUUGAUGUUCAGUUCUGGCAUUGUAUAUUAGACAAGGCAGCAAGAAUGGUUAAAAGAAACCGCUCCAUUUAUGGUGUGAACCCAACCAUGCGCAUAGAACAAGGCCAUCAAGUGGACAUAACAGACAUUGCUUUGCAUCCACUAAGCAUGAAACCUUAUAGUGAUAAUAUGUCAAUCAAGACGGAAUUGCCAAGUGUGACAUUUAGGGAACUUAUAAAAGAUCCUAGUGUUAGGCCGAAAGGAGACUUCACUCUAAUUGCAUGGGAAUCAAGGAUAGCCCCUCAUAAAUCAUUUCCUAAUUAUGUUACAACUCAUGCUCAGGAUACAUAUCGAAGUAGUGCCCUGCCAGGGAGGAAGCGACAAGGAGUGCCAAUCUAA